AGUGUACUCUCUCUGUAAGGUUAGAGUUUUGACGAUCCUCGGUGGAAUCUGCAUUUUUAAAGCCUCACCAGAACGACCCGACCUGCAUCCAUGAUCUGCAUCCUGCUAGUAGCCGGCCACGGCACUGUCCUACAGACACAGAUUAAGAAUGACGACACAGGUUUAUACAGCCAUCUGACCGGUGUACCCAAGGCUUUGCUUCCUGGGACUGGAGGGAAGAAGAUUCUUGACUUCUGGUGGGAAACUGUCAACGUGCGGCAGCUCUUCACGGAGGUCUACCUGGUCACCAACGCAGACAAGUACAAGCAUUACGAGCGCUGGGCCACAGCUAACGACUUCCCGGUGGAGAACAUAGUGAACGAUGGCAGCACGACCCUGAAGGACCAGCUUGGGGCCGUGGCUGACCUGGAGCUCGUCAUAAGGAGUCGCAAGCUGGAUGAUGACGUUGUUGUGAUUGCUGGAGACAUGCUGUGUGCUGAUCAGAACUUUGAUAUCGCUCAAGUUAUCCGCUUCUUCAGGUCCAAGCCUGGAGAGCUGAUCAUCUACUAUGAGAUGGAGGAAGGUGAGCGGAGCAGCUCCAGGGGGAUUGUGGAGGUCUGUCCAAAGACCCACAGGAUAACUUGCUUCUUGGAGAAACCCGAGGAAGGACGGACAGUGUCCCGACUGGCCAGCGUGGUGUUCUACUGCGUCCGCAGAGACACGCUGUCCUACAUGUCCGACUUUCUCAGCCUGCAGACUCGAACCACGGAGCGGACCUUUGGACUAUUCUGGGAGUGGCUCAUCAAUGAGAAGCAGCUGGACGUGUUUGGAAUGAAGCUUCCUACUGGCUUCCAGCUCAUUGGACAAGUGGGCUUGUCAGACUACACAAAGUGGCUGACUCACUACUCCACCAAGAAACAGGACAACCCCGCUCAACCAAUCACAUGCCGCUCAUAUGCCAGGGUUGGAUUAAUGGGAAAUCCCUCAGAUGGUUUCAAUGGGAAAACCAUCGCCAUGACCAUCUCUAACUUUUGGGCUGAGGUUACUCUGGUGGAGAGUCAGAUUCUGGCUUUAGUCCCUCACCCACUGAAUGAUCCCACAGAGUUUGGCAGUCUGCAGGAUCUGUUCUGCAUCAGCAGGAGGGAGGGGUACCUGGGAGGUCUGCGGCUGCUGCAGGCUACGUGUAAGAAGUUCUACCAGUUCUGCUCCAAACGAGGCAUUGCUUUAACGAAGCAGAACUUCACCCUGAAGUAUGACACCAACAUCCCUCGGCAAGUGGGCCUAGCUGGAAGCAGUGCCAUAGUUUCAGCUACUCUGAAGUGUCUCAUGGAGUUCUACAACAUCACUGACAAUGAUCUUCCCAAACCGAUCCGAGCCAACUUCAUCCUGAGUGUGGAGACCGAUGAGCUGUUCAUCACGGCUGGCCUGCAGGACAGAGUGGUGCAGGUGUAUGAAGGUUUGGUCUACAUGGAUUUCAGCAAGAAGCUCAUGGAUGAGCAAGGCUACGGGAACUACGCUUCUAUGGACAUGAGUGACCUUCCACGGUUCUGGCUGGCCUACCUGAGUGACCCCAGCGACUCUGGACGUAUCCAUAGCAACAUCCGGCAGCGUUGGCUCAGUGGGGAGCCAGUGGUUGUUGAGGCCAUGAAGACCUUUGCUGAGCUCACAGACCAGGCGAGGUCAGCGAUUAAAGAGAGAGACUGGACUCGUCUGGCCCAACUGAUGGACCAGAACUUUGAGCUGCGCAGGUCUAUCUACACUGAUGACUGUCUGGGUCCUGGGAACCUCAGGAUGGUUCAGCUGGCGAGGCAGUUUGGCUCAGCAGUGAAGCUCCCCGGCAGUGGGGGGGCCGUGGUGGGCCUGUGUCUGGACCAGGUCAGGCUGGUGGAGAUGAGGCAGGCUUUCCAGGAGGCAGGCUGCGUCUUCUGUGUCAUCUCACCGUACAUCCCAUCUGCCAGCUCCGUUGGAGGCCUUCACUAACCUGACCCAGCUCACUGCUGAUCAGUACAAGAAAUGUUCCACUGCACAACACCAUUUAGCACAGUAGCAGUCCCGUUGUUAGGCCCAGCACACUCUGGUUGGCCUUAUUGUAACAAUGGGCAGCAGAUCAUGAUCCACGCUUGGAAAUGAAUUAAACUAAUAGUUAGUGAGGCUCCUAGUGUCUCUGCAUCUAGAAUAAAAAACAAGUUGCAUAGCUAGGGGGGGGAAAUUAGGUGGAGUUGGUGAAAUUAUUAUCAGCAGCAACAAUGUAAAAUUAUGUAAUUAUUUUCUAUAAUGCGAGAUAUAGUUUUAGAAGUUAUCAUAAUUUUAUACUGAAAUUAAAAAUACAUAAUACCAUG